AUAAACUUCUUAUCGACUAAAUCAAAUUUGGUUUAUUCAUUUACGUUUUGAACAUUAACACAAAAAUAUACUACAGGAAAUACAUUGUUGUUCUAUUGUAACCUCAAACUCAAACGUUGUUUGGAUCAAAUUCAAUGGCAGAAAAGGAACCCAAACUUAAAGAUUCGGUUUCAGAUGUGAAAGCUCCAAACAUUCUUGAGAGGGCUAAGGAGGAGAUUGAGGCAGUUUUUCAUCAUGACAAGUCGCCUCGCCAUGACAAAGAAACUCAUGGAAGGAAUGAUGACAUUGAUGAGGGAACUUCUGUUGAAGAAGUCAAAGCUCCCGGUGUGUUUGAAAGGGUGAAGGAAGAGCUUGAAGCUGUAGUUGAGGCCAUUCACCCCAAGAAAGUAUCUGACACUAAAGACUCUCCAUCAAAGUGAUCAUAGCUGUUAGUUGUUUUUUUUAAGCAAAUCAUAGUUAUUAGCUAGGGUGCACCUUUUAUUAUAAAACAAAGAGUGUAAACCUUUUACUUAUGUUUGGAUUGAUGGUGAAUUUGGUAAAAGUACAGUGUGGUACUGUGAUUUUGACAAAAAAUACACUUGAAGAUUUCAACAAAAUCACCGUGCUACCAUGAUUUCGUUAAACUACACUGCGAUUCCAAACAUGCACUCAAUGCUGUUAAUCAUCAAAACUAUGCUACUAUGUUGCUUUGUCUGUGUUUUUUGUUCAUGUGGAUGUUUCCUUUAGAUAUGUAAAGUAUAUUAUUGUUCUUAUUUUAAUUGUUUAUUUGGAUGCUGAAUCCUUUUGUUUUCAGGAAAGAAAAAAAUUACCAUUUGAACUGUUUAA